CACGGCGCAGGCGGGGGCGGGGCCUAUGGCGGGCCCAGGGCGCAUGCGCCACGGCCGUUCUAAGUCGGGGGUGCUACGACGGCUGGCGGCGACCGUGGCGCGCGUCGCGGCUUCUGUCCGGGCAGGCGCACGGGGCCGGAGGGUAGUCCAUAGAGGAUGUCAAAUGAAGGAGUCCCCCACUCACAUGAAACUCAGGGUUUGGACUGUUUACCAAGUGAGUGCAUCCAGAGCGAUGCAGAAAUGGCCAUCCAAGAGGAAGACACAGAAGGGAUGGAGGUGGAGGGGGAGGCACUCCUGCCCCCCCGGGUCCCUGGCGAUGGCCCAUCCACUUCCGCUGGGGACGGCAUGUCAACAGCCGCGAGGAGAGGGCCGGCCCUGCUGCACAUCGACAGACACCAGAUCCAGGCAGUGGAGCCGAGCGCGCAGGCGCUAGAGCUGCAGGGUCUGGGCGUGGACGUCUACGACCAGGCUGUGCUGGAGCAGGGCGUGCUCCAGCAGGUGGACAGCGCCAUCCACAAGGCCAGCUGCGUGGCCCAGCUCGCUGACGCCGAGAAGGAGUAUGGCUCGGUUCUGGAUGACCUCGCGGCCUGUACGACAUCCCUAAGGCAAAUCAAUAAAAUUAUUGAACAACUCAGCCCGCAAGCUGCCACCAACAAAGAUGUCAGCAGGAAACUGGAUUCCGUAAAGCGGCAGAAGUAUAAUAAGGAACAACAGCUGAAGAAGAUCACUGCCAAACAGAAGCGUCUCCAGGCCAUCCUGGGAGGAGCGGAGGCCCGAGUCGAGCUGGAUCACGCCAGGCUGGGGGCGGAGGAUGCAGAGCCAGGGCCGUCCAGUCUGGGCAGCAUGCUCAUGCCCGCCCAGGAGGCAGCCUGGGAGGAGCUCGUCCGCACCGGGCAGAUGACGCCCUUUGGGACCCGGAUUCCUCAGAAGCAGGAGCGGAAGCCCAGGAGGCUGAUGCUGGACGAGGCGUCGGGCUUCGAGAAGUAUUUGGCCGAGCAGGCGAAGCUGUCCUUGGAGAGGAAGAAGCGAGCCGGCGGCACCAGGGCAGCCAGGAAGGCCCCGGCCGCCGUCCCCGCCACGCUGAGCCCAGCCCCUGGGGGCAGUGAGCCGGGCUCGAGAAGCAGGGCGCUGUCCAGGGCAGACAAGCGCCUGAAGCAGCACAUGAAGAAGCUGCAGAGGCGGGCACGCCAGUUCCAGGGCGGCCUGGGGCUGCUGCGGCGGGGGAGGCCAUCGGAGCCCCGGGCAGGGCCCGGAGCAGCCGGCGACUCCGAGGCUGAGGGGUCUGGGGACUGCCCCACGGACGGGGAGGGGCCGGGGGCCGUGGCCGGUGCGGACCUGUCUGGAGACGGCCCCGACUAUGAGCUGAAGCCUUUGCCGCAGGGCAGGAGCCGGCGGCAGAGAGCCCCAGCGCAGGAGGUGGAUGAAGACUUCUUCCCCAGCUCUGAGGAGGACGAGGAGGACGGGGGAGCUGCAGCCGCGGCCGCGGGGAACCGUCGGAAGGCGGCACGGUGCCGAGACGACGGCGACGAGGACUCCUACCGGCAGCGGUUAAGGAGAUGGAACCGACUGAGACUGCGGGACCGAGGGGAACGCGGGGAGCGCGAGGCUGACUCCGAGGAGAGCGACGCCGAGUUUGACGAAGGCUUCCGCGUGCCGGGCUUUCUGUUCAGAAAGCUUUUCAAGUACCAGCAGACAGGUGUUCGGUGGCUGUGGGAAUUGCACUGCCAGCAGGCAGGAGGAAUUCUGGGAGACGAGAUGGGAUUGGGCAAGACCAUCCAGAUAAUUGCCUUCUUGGCAAGUCUGAGCUACAGCAAGAUCAGGACUCGCGGUUCAAAUUACAGGUUUGAGGGGCUGGGUCCGGCUCUGAUUGUGUGUCCGACAACCGUGAUGCAUCAGUGGGUGAAGGAGUUCCACACGUGGUGGCCUCCGUUCAGAGUGGCGAUUCUGCACGAAACUGGGUCCUACACCCACAAAAAGGAGAAGCUGAUUCGGGAGAUUGCUCACUGUCACGGGAUCCUGAUCACCUCCUACUCCUACAUUCGCCUGAUGCAAGAUGACAUUAGCAGGUACGACUGGCACUACGUGAUCCUGGACGAAGGACACAAAAUCCGGAAUCCAAAUGCCGCCGUCACGCUAGCCUGCAAGCAGUUCCGCACGCCGCACCGCCUCAUCCUGUCCGGCUCGCCGAUGCAGAACAACCUCCGGGAGCUCUGGUCGCUCUUCGACUUCAUCUUCCCCGGGAAGUUGGGCACCUUGCCCGUGUUCAUGGAGCAGUUCUCGGUCCCCAUCACCAUGGGGGGCUAUUCCAACGCCUCCCCGGUGCAGGUUAAGACCGCGUACAAGUGCGCCUGUGUCUUACGAGACACCAUAAACCCAUACCUGCUGCGGAGAAUGAAGUCAGACGUCAAGAUGAGCCUUUCUCUGCCGGACAAAAACGAGCAGGUCUUAUUUUGCCGUCUCACAGAUGAGCAGCAUAAAGUCUACCAGAAUUUCAUUGAUUCCAAGGAAGUAUAUGCGAUCCUCAAUGGAGAGAUGCAGAUCUUCUCUGGACUUGUAGCCCUCAGAAAAAUCUGCAACCACCCUGAUCUCUUUUCUGGAGGUCCCAAAAAUCUCCGAGGUCUUCCUGAAGAAGAGCUAGAGGAAGAUCAGUUUGGAUACUGGAAACGCUCUGGGAAGAUGAUCGUGGUCGAGUCGCUGUUGAAGAUCUGGCACAAGCAGGGCCAGCGAGUGCUGCUGUUCUCUCAGUCCAGGCAGAUGCUGCACAUACUCGAGGUGUUCCUCAGAGCCCAGAAGUACACCUAUCUCAAGAUGGACGGCACCACGACCAUAGCGUCCAGACAGCCUCUGAUCACCCGGUACAACGAGGACACGUCCAUAUUUGUGUUUCUUCUGACGACACGAGUGGGCGGCUUAGGAGUCAACCUGACCGGAGCCAACAGAGUCAUCAUCUACGACCCCGACUGGAACCCGAGCACGGACACACAGGCCCGGGAGCGCGCGUGGAGAAUAGGCCAGAAGAAGCAGGUGACCGUGUACCGGCUCCUGACCGCGGGCACCAUAGAAGAGAAGAUCUACCACCGACAAAUCUUCAAGCAGUUUUUGACAAACAGAGUGCUAAAAGAUCCAAAGCAGAGGCGGUUCUUCAAAUCCAAUGACCUCUACGAGCUGUUCACGCUGACCAGCCCCGACGCGUCCCAGAGCACCGAGACCAGUGCCAUUUUUGCAGGGACCGGGUCAGAUGUUCAGACCCCCAGACGCCAUCUCAAAAGAAAGAGCCAGCCAGCCUUGGGAACGGACCGGGGCCUUCCAGAAGGCAGAGCGCUCGCCGAGGCUCCUGCGUCGGCAAACGAUGCCCCGGUGCCCGCAGAGGAACCCAAGGCCGCUGGAGUGGAAGCGAAUGCAGGGGCUUCUGAGGAAGGCGACCCUUUGCAAGGAGACCCUCCCACAAGGGGCAGCGCGACUCCCGGCGACGGGCUGGGAGAGGAGCCGCAUGCCACGUCUCGGCCGGAGGACUCUCAGGCCGGCGGUGGCAGCGGGACAUGUCCAGACGCCUCAGGAUGUGGCCAGGCCCCUGGGCUGUGCAGCGAGGAGAGCAUGGACGCCAGGCCAGGCCUCUCUUCUCCAAGAGAAGGCUGUCGGGCUGAAGCCGGGCCUCUCUGGGAGAGCGAACAGACAGAAAAUAGUUCUCUUAAGCACAAGGCAAAAACGAAACAUCAGAACGUGGCCAGAGAAGGGAGCCCCGGGAAAUGCGCGACCCCAAAGCAGCAGCCCCGGAGCUCCAGGCCCCACAGGGACGCCAAGUUUGAGGGGACUCGGAUCUCACACCUGGUGAAGAAGAGGCGGUACCGGAAGCAGGACAGCGAAGACGCGCGGGAGGCCGGGGCCCGGAGCACUGACGACUACGUCUUGGAAAAGCUUUUCAAGAAGUCAGUCGGCGUGCACAGCGUCAUGAAACACGACGCCAUCAUGGAUGGGGCCAGCCCCGACUACGUGCUGGUGGAGGCUGAAGCCAACCGAGUGGCCCAGGACGCCCUGCGAGCCCUGAGACUGUCCCGGCAGAGGUGUCUGGGCGCCACGUCAGGGGUUCCCACCUGGACUGGCCACAGGGGAGCAUCUGGGGCCCCAGCAGGAGGAAGGAGUAGGUUUGGUCAGAAGAGGAAUUCGCACCUGUCUGCGCAGCGUCCCACGGAGAAGCGCCAGGACAGCGUUGCGGGGCAGGAAGGAAAGGACCGUGGCCCUGGGCACUUCAGUGGCCAUGCAGAAGAAGCAGAGUCUUCGUCCGGGGCCCCUUCCUCGUCCUCGCUGUUGGCCAAGAUGAGAGCGAGAAACCACCUGAUCGUGCCUGAGCGGUUGGAGAGCGAAGACGGGCACCUCCUGGGGGCUGCUGGCCCCGCCCCCGCCCCCGCCCCCAGCGCCACGGAGCACGACGAGCUGCUGGUGGAGGUGAGGAACUUCAUCGCCUUCCAGGCGCGCGUGGACGGCCAGGCCAGCACGCAGGAGAUCCUGCGCGAGUUCGAAUCCAGGCUGUCCGCCUCGCAGUCCUGCGUCUUCCGGGAGCUGCUGAGAAACCUGUGCACUUUCCGCAGAGCUGCCGGGGGCGAGGGGAUUUGGAAGCUCAAGCCCGAAUACUGCUGAGCAGCCCCCGAGCGCCCGCCCGACGCACAUCGGCCCUGAAUGGCGUCUACCUCGUACUUCAGGCUUCAAGGAAGAAGACACGGAGCCGACGUCGGGAGGGGUGCUCGGAGGGCUGGUCUGGCACUGCAUUCCCCAGACCCAGGGAGCUGGCGGUCCUCCUGGGGCGCACUGGCCCCUUCCCAGAGCGUGCCGUCAGAGCGCUUACCUGGUUGCUCAGACGUCUGCGGAAAUCUCAAGAAUUCCUGUCAUUGGUGCUAAGAACUUGUCUGUGUUCAGCCAGACUUGUUCAGUAAAUGAGGUCAUCGCUGUCUGAUAACAGCAUCGCUGUGAUGCACGACUGCAACACUUCACGUCGAUCAUUCACCACUCAAAAUCCCUUUUCUUACCUCUCAGAUCGUACUUGCCUUUAAGCUGCCCUUCUUGAGGUACUGUUAAAUUGCAGGUAUUUUUAUAAGUGAGGUGUGAGUUAGCUGGCUGAUAAGGAAAGCGUGUGUGCUUGUACAGGGCUGUGGGCGCCGAGUGUGCCCUGACUGCUCUGAGCACCGCGAGUCUUUUCCCCACUACAGGGACCGUUGGCUUCAGGGCAAGAGAAAGAUGCGUUACCAUAAAAACAAAACAAGCAGAACCAAAAGUGCUGUGUAAAACCUGCACAAGACGCGCAGGCAUCUCUCCAGACCACAGCCAGGUAGGGCCCGAGCGUCCCUGCUCGGCAGAUCCCGACAUCCACCGCUCCUGACCUCAGCUGAGGGAUGGGUGACAGUCGAGGUGCAGGCUGUGUGUAGUUGUGUAACGUUUCCUUCAGGCUGUGUGUAUGAAGUAUACCUAGGAAUCAUGCACUUCACAGUCGGCUUGGGUUUGCACAUGUCCCCAAGCCAAAAAGGAAAGAAAUCCAAAAUACUCCCGUGCCAAACGUUUCAGGUCAGGGACUCAGCUCGUGGACGUGACCGCCCCUGCCCUCCCCCUCCCGCCCCCAGCCUUCUCUGGGCCUCGGUCCCGUGGUUAUCUUGGAGCACCUGUGGGUUAGCUUCUGUCCAGGCUCCCCUGCCUCCCUCCUGCCUGUCACUCUCCGCGCCACCCCUUGCUGUUUGGGUGGGCUGGCGUUCAUCUGCGCCCCUCUCUCUCUGCCCGCUGUUCAGGGAUGUGCGGUUCCGCGCUGCGUGGCCCUGAGCCUCCAGGCCCGGCUUUCUCACGUCCUUCUCGUGAUCUUACAGUCUCGUCUCUGAAGUCUUGUUUUCCGAUGGUCGCUGUGUUCCUGACGUGUCUCCCGUAACUGUCCUGCUGCAGCAUGCUUUCUUGAGUGUGUUUUCGCAGGCUUGUUUCUGGGCGUUACCCUUGCCCCUUCUGGGGCUGGCUCCAUGCAUCUUUUUUUUUUUUUUUUUAAGAUUUAUUUAUUCGUUUGAGAAGCAGAGUUACACAGAGUGGGAGAGACAGAGAGAGAGAGGUCUUCCAUCUGCUGGUUCACUCCCCAGAUGGCUGCAAUGGCUGGAGCUGGGUUGAUCUGAAGCCAGGAGCCAGGAGCUUCCUCUGGAUCUCCCACGUUGGGGCAGGGGCCCAAACACUUGGGCCAUCUUCUGCUACUUUCCCAGGUGCAUUAGCAGGAAGCUGGAUUGGAAGUGGAGCAGCCAGGACUUGACCUGGUACCCUUACGGGAUGCCGGUGCCACAGGCAGUGACUUAACCUUCUAUGCCACCAUUCUGGCCCCUCUCCAUGCAUCUUGCUCAUGUCUGCAGUGGGCAGCUGUGUCCAGAUCUUAUGUGCACCUACUGUCUGGGUUGGAUCGGAGCACGUGGCCUCUGCCUGCUCCACUCUGGAUCUCCUUGGGUUUGGUCCUGGGGUCCUGCCCUUUAGAGAUGUCCUAGGCAGAGUCAAGAGUCCCACGAGGACUUUCUGCUUGUCCCGGAUUCUAGCUUGCUCAUUUUCAGGUUGAUCCCUAUAUACUGGGGGAGAAGAUAUUAUUUCCCCCACUUUGCCGUCUUUUACUGGGAAGUCGUAAACGGGAUUCUUACACAGUUCAGGAAGUCUCGAGUUAAGCACGUGCCUCAGACGGGAGUCACAACUAACGACUGGCUCGUUUCUGGGGAGCCCUGAAGUUAGGAUGCAGAAAGAGCUGGGGUUCCUGGACCAGUGCUUGGCCCCGCUCGGUCCCUGCUCUGCCCCUGACUGGCCUCAGCUGGGGUCUGGGCCCAGUGUGCACUCUGGGUGCAGGAGCUCAGAGAGAUGACUCUAAAGGGAGUGGUUUGUAUCCAUAGCACAUAGUGACUCAUUCAAGAAACGUGAUAUUUGCAGCUUCUGAGGCUUGGUGUACCACAGAUAUGUGUCAUGUGCUCAGCAUGUUACAUCCCAUCAGACGUCUUCAGUCCCUUAGUACCUGAACACAGAGCUCCGUUAAAACAUCGCGAGCCAUGCUGUGCCUCCCCACUCCCACGCCGGUCUCGCUGCUGUCUGAGCGAAGGAAGGGCUGUACUUGGUGUGAGGCCUUCCGGGCCAUUCUCUCUACAGUGACUUGACAGGAGCGGGGCGGACCGCUGCUGGCCAAGUCCCGGGUCACACACGGACACGGGGCAGCUCAGCCUCCCCAGUGCUUCUCCAUGGCCAUGGGACUGCAUUAUUUUUUAUUCAGAAGUUUUUCUGAAAUAAUUUUUAUUUAUUUAUUUAUAUGUUUAUUCGAAAGGCAGAGAGACCAGACGGUCUCCCAUCCACUGGGCCAGGCCGAAGCCAGGAGCCAGGAACUCCAUUUGGCUGUCAGGUCGGUGGCAGAGACCCAAACACUGGUGCCGUCCCCACAGAUGCCCAGUGUUUUCAUCAGCAGGGGAGCUGGGAUUGGGGGCAGGGUGGGGCCUCGAACCCGGCACCUGGACCUGGGAUAUAAGCGUCCCAAGUGGCGCCCGAAUUGCCAAGUGCCUAUUGCUGUGUGACUAGUUUCAGGCAGCGCACUAUGAGGGGAACUUCCCAAUGGGCCCUUAAGUGAAGAACUGGGGGUACACGCCCCUCGACACUCCUCGUUCCUGCUGGCUGUAAUGCUUGGCUCAGUCUGGCCCCGAGCAUGAACAAGGGGGGCAUGCCCACCUUAAACUGUGUUCCUUUCACCUGUGGCUUACGAGUGAAAUAAAUCCCUGACUUCUUAAAAGCACCAUCUAUUGGAGCGUCUCUUAGAGCAGCCAGUUUGUUUUAUGCAUGUAAUUUAUCCUAGUGUGGUUAUACCUUUUUAUUAUGUGACUAACUUUAAACAUAAUGUUACAUGCAAGAUGUCUUUUAAUUCCUCUAGGUGCAGCUCUGCCUCCGUGGAAUUAAUGGGUUGAAAACGAUGUAGAUUCUUAGUGUUAACGGGUGGAGUGAAAUUGCUUUUAUUCAGUUUCGCACUUCAUAAAAAAGACCUCUUUCUCCUCACCUUUGCCAUCAGCAAGUAGUGUCAUUCCCCAUAGGGGUUUUUUUCAGUUCUUUUUGAACCAGUCUUGGUGGACGGUUAGCCUAGUCGUGAAGCUGCCAUUUGGGGUGCCCCUGGUCCCAUGUUAGGGUGCUCAGCUUCCGUGCCCACCUCUGGCUCCUGACCCCAGCUUCUUGCUCACGUAGGCUGGGAGGCAGUGAUGAUGGCUCAAGCGGCCGGGUCCCUGCCACCUGUGCGGGAAGCCUCGAAGGAGUUUCCGGUUUCCCCAUGUUUGGGGAGUGCACCACUUGUCUCUGUGUCAACCGAGGAAAAAAAAUGUUUUUAAAAAAAAUACCUAGCUUUACCUUGGGUCUCCCUGAUUGCUUAUACAACAAGUAUUUCCACGUUUUCUCUGCCAUCUGUAGCUCUCUCUGCUCCUGUCCAUGUCCCACUUAUGUGCUUUUCCCAUGGGUUAUUCCUGUUUCCCCAGAGUGAAGCGGGAGGUCAUGGAUAGGCCAUCCUUUCCCCCGCUGAUCUGAAGUCCACCUUCUGCGAGGUCGCUCUGCAGCCGGAGCCGGGGGGCUGUUCCCCAGCCAUGCUCGGCACACCGUCAUCUGGCUCUGCCCUGGCUCUGCCCUGUGUUUGGUGACCACGCCUCUUUUCUUGUUUUCAGUGUCGUCGCCGCGUGCAUUUUCUGAUCCAGGUGUGUCAUGGACUCAGGUGUUGUUUAAGUUCUGCUGAAAUGGAGUUGCUCUUUGGGUUGGAAUCGCAUUCCUGUGUGCACUCUUUUGAGGGCAGUAGGCUUUGUUGUGGUGCCUACGAUUUUCCUAUUCCGCGGGUCUCUUUUACGUCUGUUAUGUUGUCGGAUGAAAUGACGUAAAAGUCUUGUGCAUUUCAUAGUGGGCUUGUCCUUAGGUGUCUAACGGAUGUUUAACUUUGGGAAUCUUUUUUACAUGAGAACACGGAGAACUAGGACAUCCGCGUAUACUGUGUUUAUGAUGUUUACCAUCCAGAGCAUUUUAAUUUCAGCCUUAGCAUGAUCAGUCCCUCUGUGUUACGUUUUCUUUAAGGACCCUUGCCCUCACCUAAAGGUGUGAACACGUUCUCAGCAAUUCUCUGUUAAUUCCGUAUGGUAGCUCAUUUUUCUAGCACCUUUAAAAAUAAUGUGUCCCUUCCCCUCUGAUAAGGCCAUCUCUGUUUAUGUCCGGGUUCCACGCAGUUGUGGGAAUGUCUUCUAGGCUCCGUGUUCUGUUGAAUUUGUUCAGUUAUCUGACUUGGCCAGUAACUGCCUGUCUCUGUCAUCGCGGCUUUAUAAAGGGUUAUUAAAGCAGUAGAGUGACGCCCCUCGGCCUCCACAAAUGCCAUGGUGGCUUCUGGAGCUUGACGCCAUAGAAAUUUUGCAAUAAGCUCGUCACAUGUGGAUCUUAUUUCUGCAGUUGUAAUAAAUGUACACAUUAGUUGGAGAGGGUUAUUUAUGAUAACUGAGUUUCCAUCUUUGAAUAGAUCAUACCGCUAUUUAUUAGAUAUUUAUAAAGAUAUAAUUCCAUUAUGGCUUAGGUUUUAUGAAAAGGUUAUGUGCAUCUCAGAUGUAUUCCUAGCUGUGCUGUACAGUAAACAAUGGUGACAUUUUCUAGGUUAGAAGUUGGUUUUUGCACACUUACUGAACUUGUAUUAAUUCUGAUCGCCUGUGACUUGUUCUGUAUGUGACAGCCGUGUCGGCUGCCAGUAAUGACACUUGUGUAUGUCCAGCCCCAUCCUUACACUUCAUGUCCGUAUGGUAAAGAAUGAUCAUGGCAGUCGGCAUCUCUGUCUUGUCCCUGACCUCGGAGAUACAAGCUUUACGAUUAAAUAAACAUUCCGUUGUUUGUAGCGGGAGUCUGCAUCA